GAAACGAGGAAGAAAGAGUAAAGAUAAUAAGAUUGAAGAAAAAGAUAUUAUUUGAUCAUUCGAUAUCCUCCACAAAUAGGGGAGAAAUAUUCAGCACCAUUAUUGAAAACGACUGCCUAGAAGACUGAAAUGUAAAUAAAUAGAUAGCCUCCCUCCCACAGACUAUCCAACUUCCUCUCAGCGACUUUUCAUGUUUCUUUGCUGCUGCAACACGCACACACACAUACCUCUGUUUCUUAGCCGUAGGGACAGCUAGCUUAUCAUUCUCUCCAUCGUCCCUUUUUGGAAAUAACUAUCGUUGGGUCGAACUUCCUCGAGAAUUGGAUUGGUCUACGUGAGUGCCAACGAAGGCUACAAUGAAGGCUCUAGUUGAUCUGAUCGACGUAGCCAAAAUACGGAGCACCGUAUGGUGGGGCUUAUGUAUCUUCUUCCUCACGUACUUCUUGACCCAUACAAGUAAGUCUAUGUGGAUGAAUUUGCCAGUGGCAGUUCUCAUUCUUUACUGUCGUCCAAUUCUUUUGAAUCAGAAUGAGUUCAGAAGGAAAGUUAUGCCAGCUCCAAGACAGAGCCACUUGUAUUUUCCCAGCAGGAAGCAGUUGUCCUUGAAUGAUGCUCGUCUUUCCGCUACCCCACCUCCUCCAAUGUGGAAGUAUAAGAUUAACUCUCCUAUAGUGGAAGCUGCGAUCAAUGAUUUUGUAGAUAAGAUCCUUGAUAAUUUCGUGAAAAAUUUGUGGUACUCUUCGAUCACUCCAGACAAAGAGUUCCCUGAACUGACCCGUGGACUGAUCAUGAAUGUUGUUGGUGAAAUUUCGGUGAGGGUAAAAGAGAUAAAUAUCUUCGGCUUAAUCAGGAAUAUAGUUGAUCUGAUAGGUGAUCAUUUGGAGAGUUUUAGAAGAAACCAAGCUGCUAUUGGUAAAGAUGUUAUGAAGACAUUGUCAUCUGAGGACAUAGAUAAAAAGUUGAGGGGCCAUCUUAUGGCUUCUGAGGAGCUUUAUCCUGCACUCAUAUCAAAAGAGAGUGAGUACAAGGUUCUUCAGAAAAUAGUUGCUGGCAUAUUAUCUGUGGUUCUCAGACCAGGAGAAUCUCAGUGCCCCUUUGUUCAAACGAUAGCUAGAGAGCUUUUGACUUGCUUGGUAUUUCGACGUCUUGUGAAUUUUGCAUCCCCCGAUUUACAUGAUAUAAACACUCAUCUCACUAAGGAAACUGCAUCCGCAUCGAUGCACAGCAGCAUUUUUAAUGAAGCCAUAGAGUUACUUGAAGAGAGCACCCAAGGGGAAGAUGAAAAUGUUUCAGAAGCUAAUGGGUGGCACUCAGAUAAUGAAUUGGACUCCAAGCAUGUCCCACCAAGAGUGGUUAGACGUCUUGGAGAGCCUGAGAAUCCAUCCUCAAAAUUGGAAAAUGAUUUAAAGGAAAAAUCUGAAGUUAAGGGGUUGAGCGAUUCGCAGCACGCAGAUUCAUCCACAAGUUUGGUUCACAAUCCUACUGACAUGCCACCUGAGUGGAUGCCGCCCAGUGUCGUUGAGCUGAUUUUGAACCUAGUUGAUAAAAUGUUUCAAUUAAAUAGAGGAGGUUGGUUAAGGGCGAAAGUUUUCUCGGUAUUGAAGAAAAUGUUACUAUUUGUGGAAGUUCCUGUGGAUGACUGGCUUCAGAGGAGGAUCCGUUGGCUGCGGAAUGAAGACACAGUAGCUCAUGGAAUACGUUUGGCUCAAGAUCAAUUAUGGCCAAAUGGCGUGGAUCAGAAUGACUCUAGUUCCCUUGAGCAGCUACUCAAGGCUGGAGUUAGUAAAAUAAAGGAAUUCCUUUUCAAUAAGGCCCCAAAAGCUUUAGUGAGGGUAUGCGCUAGAGACAUCCAUCAUUUCACUCAGUCAAACGUAAGCGUAAAGCAACUAAUAUUUGCAAUACUGGAGCUGCUACUUCGAAAGGUUUUCCCCGAGCUGGAAGAUCUUUUGAGAGACAUAAGGGAGAAUCCUCCGCAUUGUCGAUCAGAGUAAGAACGAAGGUCGCCUGUGAUUAGCUUGAACCAGUUGCCUAUCUUUUCUCUAUGUUAAUUUUCUAUUUGGAUUCUUUAUAUAGUAUAGCUAUUAUUCCAUGUGUGUAAGAAAAACAAGUGGUAAUAUCAAUUCUUGUGAGUUUUUUUUUUUUGACA